GCCAAAAAUAUUAUUCAGACACAAGGCGGCUAGAUAGCUUUAUAGCUAGUGGUGCAAUUGUAGCUAGUGCAUGCAAUGGCGGCUUCGCUAGGAUUAAACCCUGAAGCUUUCUUCACUCCAUACUCCUACUCAUCGACCUUCAUGCCCGACUACGAACCGAGCUUCCCGGUGGCGGCCUCCGCCGUCGACGCCGCCUUCUCCGCCAAGCUCGACGAUCUUCAACAAUUUGAGUACUCGCCGGCACCGAUCUUCGCCGGCGCCGGGGAUGAUCGCAACGGGAAGAAUAUGUGUGGGGGUGAUGAGAAAAGGGCGAGAGUGAAUGGGAGGAUUGGGUUCAGAACGAGAUCGGAGGUGGAGAUCUUGGACGACGGCUUCAAGUGGAGGAAGUACGGGAAGAAGGCAGUCAAGAACAGUCCAAAUCCAAGGAACUACUACCGCUGCUCGUCGGAGUGCUGCGGCGUGAAGAAGCGCGUGGAGAGGGACCGCGACGACCCUCGCUACGUCAUCACCACGUACGACGGCGUCCACAACCACGCCAGCCCCGGCGCCGCCGCCGCCGCCGCCCCUCAGUACGGCGGCAGCGGCUUCUACAGUAGCCCGCCGCACAGCGGCUCGCCGUCGGCCGCCUCCUACUCGGGCUCGUUCCUCUUCUGACAUCCGAGCCUUGACCCAGCGACUCACACAGUAGGAUGAGAGUGGAAGAACGUUCGGAGAGCUACAGGCCGGAUAAUUCCGAGACGUGCUUGGAGUUGUAGAUUUUUAAAGUGUAAUAGAAUUAAGCUACAGAAAUUCACCUUCUUCCGAUGUAUCAUGGUGAUGAUGACUGCGUGUUUAUUUACUUGCCCUUUAAUUCC